UUCACUCUCCACCUUGGAGCGAUCAAGAAGAGCCCUUGGCCUCUGGGAGAAAGGGGCGACGAGGAAAGGGUUCUCUUCGAGCUCGUUCAUGGCGGAAUUAGGGUUUCCUCUGUGAUCCCGCCGUGAAUUAGGGUUUCCUCUGUGAUCCCGCCGUCCGCCUUCUCGUCUUCAUACCGAAGGUACGAUCGGGGCGAAAACCUCUUGCUCCUUUUUGAUUCGUGUCGCGGGACGGCCAUGUCGGUUAGGGUUUCGUUCGCCUGCAAUCGGAAUCCGUCACCUUUACCUCUUUGAUCGAAUCGGAAGGCGCUCAUCCUGCUCUGAGUUUUGCUCAUGAGAUGGCUUCGCCUCAGCAUGUGGAAAUGGAAGCUGCCAAACUUCUGCAUAAACUUAUUCAAGAAUCAAAGGAUGAGCCUGUUAAAUUAGCAACAAAGCUUUAUGUGAUUUGUCAGCAUAUGAAACUAAGUGGAAAGGAGCAAUCACUGCCAUAUCAAGUUAUAUCUAGGGCGAUGGAAACAGUUGUGAAUCAGCAUGGACUUGACCUUGAUGCGCUGAGGUCAUCUCGUUUACCAUUAGCCAGUGGACCCCAGGCGGAGGACCCUGGGAGUGUUAGAUCGAAGGACAAAGAGAUAGUUGACAAUCAGCCACCUAUAGCUGGAAGUGAUGCAGCUCCGAAUAUUAUGGCAACUCGUGCAUGGCAAGUUGGGCCAGUUCCGGGUAUGACUAGUGUGGGUAGGCCGCCACUCGGACCAAGUAGGAUGGAUGGUGGGGGUGCUGAUGUUCACCAAGGAUCUAUUUCACAAAGAAGCAGCAAAUCAUCCGAGCUUGAGAGCCCAGUUAGUGUGCCGAUGGAUGAUAAUAGAUCUGCUAAUUCUCAGGAUAGGCAUGAUUCUGCAAAAUCUGAUGACCCAACAAAUAAGAAGAAGACCAGUACUAAGAGAAAAAGAGCAGACUCAAAAGCAGCAGCUGAUGUGAAACCGGAUACUGUUCCCACAGGGCAUAAUUUGAGGAAGGGGAAGCAGGUGAUUAAAGGGGGUACUCCAGGUCAUGAACAACCAAAUCCUGUGCAAAGCACACCAUCAUUAGAAAAACUGCCAUCAUUAUCUAGUGGUGCUGGAUCAUUGUUUAGAGCCCAACAAGAAGGUGCGAUGACCUUUGUUGAGAGGAAUACCGAUAGAAUUAAACCUACGAAUCAAUUCUCUGUUAAUCCAGGUCCAAAGCUGUUUGAAGAAGGAGAGGUUUCUUCUGGUAAUAACACUUUUGAAUUGCAGAAAGGCAGCCUAUCAUCUAGACCCGCCGCUUAUGGUUCUACUUAUUUCUGGAACCAGAAUAGACCAACUCAAUCUUUACAGAAUCCUCAAGGUUUUAAUCCAAGUCUUAUGAAGCCUUCUCCUGGAGUUAAUAUUGAAGGUAAAGUAAAUGUCGUAACUUCUGGUGCUUUCAACUCUUUUGCCUUUGCAAAGAUGGGUUUUCCCUACUCGCCGCAUCAUAUGAGUUCUUCAUUUGAGAGCCAUGGGUCACAAAACCAGUUGCCUAGAAAUUUGGACUCUUCGUCUGCUUCGCAGUUGUCAGAGAAGGGCAAGGAUGUACUUGCUGUUAAUAGUAGCAUCGAGCUUUCUUCUGCUGCUAAAGCUGUCGUGGAGUCUGACAUAAGGAAGUCAGGAACACCAAGGUUCUCAGAUAGCAAUUUGGAAGGCAAGGGAAGUGGAAUUCAAGAAAGACAGAGCAAGACCAAAGUUCCAAUAAAAGCUGACACAGCUUUAGAACAAGCUAAAUUUGCUGAUCAGCUACAGAAUGACGUUGGAACAGGUCUUAUGCCUCAGUUGUCCACUUCUUCCAAUAUGCCAUUCAAGGAACAGCAAUUGAAACAGCUCAGAGCUCAGUGCCUUGUGUUUCUUGCAUUCAGAAACAACUUGAUGCCUAGGAAGCUGCAUCUGGAAAUUGCACUUGGUGAAAGCUAUCCUAGAGAAGAACGAGGUCAAAAAGGUUACAGUGAGAGUAGAGGGACAGACACUUCUGCAAUGGAGCCUGGUAAUAGUCAUGUCUCAAGAAUUCCCUCUUCGUCUACUGGAAGUAUAGCAGAGACCGAUUCCUCAUCGAAGGACACAGAAAAUACGAGGAAAAAGAGUAAAAAAUGCCCAAAUUUGGACAAUUCAAUGAUGGGAGAAGAAAAUAAGGAAACAAUAGCGGUCAAACAAAAGGGUUUUCCUCAGAUGGGGACUCAGGAAACUGCAGAAUCGGCUGCAUUGCCAGUUACCUCACAGUAUUUCAACAGUCAGUUAGAUGUUGCCAGGGAUUGCGAUGGAAAAUUUAAUCAGCAAACUACUAGGGCAAACCAAGGCACAUCUGUUGUGGGUGUCAAAGCACAGCCCCCAAAGCCAGAGUGGACACCUGUGCUAAAAGCCGUUACUCAUGAUGAUUCUAGUCAAUCAUUUGCAAGCUCACUGCUCCACCGCGGAACUUAUUGUAAUCAGACUCACCUUAGUGGUGUAAAUUUGAGUCACAAUGUGAAUGCCUCAAAGGAUGAUAACAAAUUUGUUACUCAUGUUGGUCCAACGGAGAAGUUGUCUGCAGCUUCAAACUCAAUGAUCUCUAAUAAUCAAGCUGAUGUUUAUGUUCGAAAAUAUGGUUUGAAUGAAGUGAGAGAUUCUGUUAUGAAUAUGCAGUAUAAUUCAGAUGCCUUCAGGACUCUGUCUGCUAAUGAUAUUGUAGGGCACGGUGAUGUAGAUCAGGAUGACGGCUAUGUAUCAGCAUCUGAUGAUAUUCCUACAUCCCCUCCAAAGUACACCACAUGCGAGAAGUGGAUUAGGGAUCAUGAGAAAAGAAAACUUGUUGAAGAACAAAAAUGGGUGUCAAAGCAGAGGAAGGCGGAGCUAAGAAUUGCAGCACGCUUUGAGAAGUUAAAGGAGAAUGUGAGCUCAUCAGAAGAUAUUUCUGCGAAAACCAAAAGUGUCAUUGAAUUGAAAAAACUUCAACUUCUACAACUCCAACGGCGUUUGCGUAGUGAAUUUCUAAAUGACUUUUUCAAACCUAUCACGCCUGAGAUAGACCGCAUUAAAUCAAGUAAGAAACAUAGACAUGGAAGGCGAGUGAAGCAAAUUGAGAAAGUUGAACAGAAAAUGAAGGAAGAGAGGCAGAAGAGAAUUCGUGAAAGGCAGAAGGAGUUCUUUGGUGAAGUAGAAACUCACCGAGAGAAAUUGGAGGACUGCUUCAAGGUUAAGAAGGAGCGCUGGAAGGGUUUUAAUAGAUACGUGAAGGAGUUCCACAAAAGAAAGGAGCGGAUACAUCGUGAGAAGAUAGACAGGAUCCAGCGUGAGAAGAUUAAUCUGCUGAAGAAUAAUGAUGUUGAAGGAUAUCUUAGGAUGGUUCAGGAUGCAAAAUCAGAUCGUGUUAAACAACUUCUUAAAGAGACCGAGAAGUAUCUUCAGAAAUUGGGGUCUAAAUUACGGGACGCUAAGACCAUGGCAAGGCGGUUUGAGAUGGAUAUGGAUGAGAGCCGCAUGGCUAAUUUUGUCGAGAAGAAUGAGGUCACCAAUGACAAUGAAGAUGAAAGCGACCAGGCUCAGCAUUAUUUAGAAAGCAAUGAAAAGUAUUACCAACUGGCUCACAGUGUAAAAGAGGUCAUAAACGAUCAGCCAAGUUAUCUCAAAGGUGGAAAAUUGCGGGAGUACCAGAUGAAUGGAUUGCGUUGGCUUGUUUCAUUGUAUAAUAACCACUUGAAUGGAAUUCUUGCGGAUGAAAUGGGUCUUGGGAAAACUGUGCAAGUUAUUUCUUUAAUAUGCUAUCUUAUGGAAGCGAAAAAUGAUAGGGGACCAUUUCUGGUGGUUGUACCAUCUUCUGUUCUUUCUGGAUGGGCAUCGGAACUCAGCUUCUGGGCACCUGAUAUAAAUAAAAUUGCUUAUGCUGGCCCUCCAGAAGAAAGACGCAGGCUAUUCAAAGAGAUGAUUAUUCAUCAGAAAUUCAAUGUUCUUCUUACGACAUACGAAUACCUGAUGAACAAACAUGAUAGACCAAAGCUAAGUAAAAUUCACUGGCACUAUAUAAUAAUUGAUGAAGGUCACCGGAUAAAGAAUGCAUCCUGUAAGCUCAAUGCAGAUUUGAAACAUUAUCGUAGUUUCCACCGUUUGCUGCUCACUGGAACACCUUUACAGAACAAUCUUGAGGAGCUGUGGGCACUUCUUAACUUCUUGUUACCUGAUAUCUUUAACUCAUCAGAGGACUUCUCUCAAUGGUUUAACAAACCAUUUCAGAGUGGUGGAGAUAAUUCACCUGAUGAAGGUUUACUUUCUGAAGAGGAAAAUCUGUUGAUCAUAAACCGUCUCCACCAAGUUCUUCGGCCAUUCGUACUUCGAAGGCUUAAACACAAGGUUGAGAAUGAACUGCCUGAGAAAAUUGAAAGACUUGUAAGAUGCGAGGCAUCUGCAUAUCAGAAACUUCUUAUGAAAAGGGUGGAAGAAAAUCUUGGUUCAAUUGGAAAUACGAAGGUUCGUUCAGUACACAACACUGUGAUGGAAUUGCGCAAUAUAUGCAACCACCCAUACCUCAGCCAACUAAACGCUGAAGAGAUUGAUGUUUUAUUACCAAGACAUUAUUUGCCGCCUUUAGUGAGGCUCUGUGGGAAGCUGGAAAUGUUGGACAGGUUACUACCGAAGCUCAAGGCGACUGAUCACCGGAUUCUACUGUUCUCUACAAUGACGAGAUUGCUUGAUGUAAUGGAGGAGUAUCUAACCUGGAAGCAGUAUAAGUACCUUCGAUUAGAUGGGCAUACUUCUGGACUAGAAAGAGGAGCUCUUAUUGAGGAAUUCAAUCGUCCUGGUUCUCAAGCUUUCAUCUUUCUGCUAAGCAUUCGAGCUGGAGGUGUUGGAGUCAAUCUUCAAGCAGCUGAUACUGUAAUCAUAUUUGAUACUGAUUGGAAUCCUCAGGUUGAUCUGCAAGCACAGGCAAGGGCCCACAGGCUUGGUCAGAAGAAGGAUGUCCUUGUUUUACGGUUAGAAACAGUCUGUACUGUAGAAGAGCAAGUUAGAGCUGCAGCUGAACACAAAUUGGGUGUUGCUAAUCAGAGCAUCACUGCAGGUUUUUUUGACAACAAUACAAGUGCGGAAGAUCGUCGAGAAUAUCUUGAGUCUCUUCUGAGGGAGUGUAAGAAAGAAGAAGCUGCUUCUGUCUUAGACGACGAUGCUCUUAAUGAUCUCCUGGCCCGUAGCGAAUCUGAGAUUGACAUCUUUGAAUCUAUUGAUAAGCAAAGGCGAGAAGAUGAAAUGGCACUGUGGCAAAAGUUGGUCCAGGGAAGUUGUACUGAUGGAUCGGCGCCCCUCUCGAUGCCUUCUCGUCUUGUGACGGAGGAGGAUUUGAAACCAUUUUACAAGGCUAUGAAGAUUCAUGAAGUACCAAACACCAAUGCCAAUGCCAAUGUCAAUUCCAACACCAGUGUUAAGAGGAAAGGGGAAAACCUUGGGGGACUUGACACGCAGCAGUACGGGAGGGGUAAACGUGCUCGUGAGGUCCGCUCUUAUGAGGACCAAUGGACAGAAGAAGAAUUCGAAAAGCUUUGUCAGGCCGACUCCCCUGAAUCUCCCCCCCGAAAUGCUGAAGUACCAAAGGAUGUAUCUACAACAAAGGAUCAAGGUGGAUCUAAAAUGAGUAAUCCAGAGCUGAUCUCACCACCACUUAAAGAUCAAACGGCUAUUUCCAAAGAGCUUACAGAUCAAGCGGCUAUUUCCAAAGAGCUUAAAGAUCAAGUGGCUAUUUCCAAAGAGCUUAAAGAUCAAGCGGCUAUUUCCAAAGAGCCUUUGCCAGUUCAGAAGGAGACCCCUCCAGUAAAACGGGGAAGGGGUCGGCCCAAGAGGACAGUUACAAAUGUCCCACCACCACCUCCAGCUGCUGCUCCUGUCAGCAAGCAGGAAAUGGGACCACAAAGUGAUAACCCUUCUGUUUCCUCAACUGUUUCUCCUGCAAAAAAUAGCACUAAUGUAAUUGAAGUCAGUGGAAGAGUACAAGGUGAGUUGGUUGCUGAGCCUACUGCUUUUGCUCCAUUACCAGUCUCUACCACACCAGUUCAAGCUAAAGGGAGAAAUGCUCAAACAGGAGAGAAACCUCGAGGGCGAGGCAGAAAACCAAAGUCUAUGACAGCAGCUGCUAUUUCUCAGGUAACUAUGGUGCCUGUAGCUACAGUUGGUGCUGAACCUGCGUCUAAUAGAUCCACUAUUGGAGCUCCUACUAUACCUUUGGUUGACCCGGUUUCAGGACUACAGAAAGUGGAUGUUGUCCCUGUUAAGGCAUGUAGUUCAUCACCAGAGAAACUUAAGAGCAUCUUACCUGCUUCAGACAUAAGAAAUGUUGGAAGUGGUGUUCCAGCUCGUGGGUUGACAGAGGCAUCCGUUGGGACCAAAUUAGCACCAAGUGCCGAACCUGUGUACAUUUUGCAUCCAAAGAUGCAUGAUGCUGCAACAGUUGGGUCGCUUCAAACUGUUCCUGGGCAGGUACUUCUGCCACUUAUGCCUGCUAUACCUGUCUUUGCACAAGACUCGAAAGGGAAAAAAGCUCAUUACACAGGAACAGUAGAUAAGCCAUUGGAGAAACAUAUUGAUGUUUCUAGUCGCAGCACCAAGAAAACCACCAGUGCUAUCAACACUAAAACAAGUAUGAAGCAUGAAUCAACUGAAAAGCUACUUGAAAACACUGAUCAUCAAAGCGCUGAGUCUAGUGAGAAGCAGGAAUCAGCAGGGAAAGGAGAUGGUAUUGAUACCAGAAGUACCCAGAAAUUGCCAACAACUACCUAUUUCCAAUCCUGCGGGAUAAAGCCAGAUGAUGCUUCCCUUCAAAGCGCACCAGUGUCAGUACCUAUUUAUGAUGCCUCGACGGCUGCCUCUUUGAAUAUUGUUAGUGCUGACAAAGCCACUUUUUCUGCAACAGAGACCCCAAAAGCUAUAGAAGCCAAAGAAUCUGUAAAAAACCAUGAAAAUGUUGGUCAUGAGAAAGCAGCUGACGUACAACCUGGGAUCGAGACGCUUGGAAUACCAACAACUUCUGCUUCACUGGGUCAAAUGAGCUCGGUGGUACCUGUAGAAGUCAAAGUAGGACCUCAAAGCAAACCACCUGUUACAAGGAGGAAGGGAGCUGCUCGUGAACCAAGAAACAGAAGCACUUCUGCCACGGCUGCUUGUGAACGUCGUGCUCGACUUGCUGUAUUGAAGCAAUCAGAAGAGUCGAAGAAAGUUGACAGCACAGGUAAAACUGCAGAACCAAUCACCGUGAUAGAGAGACACGUUGGCGAAACAACCAAAGCAGAGUCUGUUCCAACUGCAGUGAUUUGUAGACCUGAAGAGAGAGAUUCUGUACCACCUGGUGUUCCGCAAACUAUUACUCUUCACGAGACACAAGUUGAGGAAGUUGCUUUAUCGUCUGCCCAGGUGGUUGAGCAUGUAGUUGGUGAAUUUCAAUCUUCUGCAGUGACUGAAGUUAACGUGAACACUCCAGCAUGUGUUUUGAAAGAUGCAGCAGUUUGUAAUGAUGCAGUGAAAGGUGAAGAGGACGCUGCAAUGGUGGUUCAAACAGAAUGCGGAAAUAGCACGGCUUUUGAAAUGAAAGAUGCAUCUUCUGUUGGUAUCGCUGAAGAUGAAGUAAAUGUUGAUCAAUCUCUUCUGGUGAUUAAUGGAGAAAAAGGAGUUGAAUCUAAUUCAACUGCAGCUUUUGAAGUGAAAGAUGCCCUGCCUUCUGGUGCAAUUGAGGAUACAGUGAAAGGUGAAGAGCACUCUUCAAUUGUGGUUCAAACAGAAUGUGGAGACAGCAUGGCCUGUAAAAUGAAAGAUGCACCAUCUUCUGUUGAUAGUGUUGAAGAUGAAGUAAAUGUUGAUCAAUCUUCUGUGGUGAGCAAUGCAGAAAAAGGAGUUGCAUCAAGUUCAACUGCAGCUUUUGAGAUUAAAGACGCCCCAUCUUCUGUUGGUGUUGUUGAAGCUGAAGUAAAGGAUAAUCAAUCUCUUACAAUGACUGAUAUUGAAAAAGGAAACAAAUUAUCAACUGAAUUUGGAAAUAGCAUGGCUCUUGGAAUGAACUAUGCAUCAUCUUCUAUUGCUAUGGUUGAAGAUGAAGUAAAGGAAGGUCAAUCUCUUGUGGUGACUGAAACAAAAAAAGGAAAUGAAUCUACUUCAACUGGCCUUAUGCCAGUGACCAUUUCUGUGGUUGCCACCACAGACAAGAUUAACCAGGAUGAGUCAACAAUGUCAGACAAGCCAAUCACCGGUGAUCUAGUGGAUAGUAUGAUAGAAAUAGUUGUCAAAAAUUCUGAAGAAACGUCGACUACAUUAGUAUGCGAAACUUAUACUGAUAAGGAAGUUGCAGUGCAUAAUAACCCCAAAGUGUACCCUAAGGAUAUUAGUGAUUCAGCUCGUGAUUCGUCCCUUUGUAAUGAGGCUUUUGAUAUGGGGACAUCUGAUCCAUCAAACAGGCUGCCUAGCAGCAGCAAAGAUGCAGAUGAAGCUUGUGAAGCUUCGAUCGCUGUUAAUGCUGAAGAUCUUGCCUCUAGAGAUGAUGCUUUAAAUAGAGAGAUCACUGUUCAGAUGGACAUGGAUUAUGCAGGUGAGAAUGGCAAUGACACUGACAUAACUUCAAGUAAAAGACAACCUCCUUGUGAUGUUAGUACGGAAAGUGCAGGAGAUGGCGUCGGAAACAAAGGAACUGCCUCCGAUGCGCUUGCUGUUGAGAAGAUCAAUGGUGGUAAAGAACCUUCCAAUGGUUCCUCGGAGGUGCCAAGUGGUACCCAGUUGGGUGACGACACAAAGGCCUCCUGUGAUGCACUCGUUCUUCAAAAGAUCGAUGGGAAAGCAGAACCUUCCAGCGGUACCUUGGAGAUGCCAAGUGAAAAUACUAUCCAGUUGGGUGACAGCACUGAGGCCUCCUCUGGUGCGCUUGUUCUUCAGAAGAUCGAUGGUGGAGCGGAACCUUCCAGUGGUACCGCAGACAUGCUAAUUGAAAAUACUGCCCAGUUGGGUGACAACACAGGGGUUUCCAAUGCACUUGUUCUUCAAAAGAUCGACGGUGGAGCAGAACCUUCCAGUUGUGGUACCUCGGAGGUGCCAAGUAGUACCCUGUUAAGUGACAACACAGAGGCCCCCUCCGACACUCUUGUUCUUCAGAAGACCGACAGUGGAGUGGAACCUUCCUGUGGUACCUUGGAGAUGCUGAGUGAAAAUACUACCCAGUUGGGUGACAACAGAGAGGCCUCCGAUGCACCUGUUCUUCAGAAGAUCGACAGUGUUGCUGAACCUUUCAGUGGUACUUUGGAGGUGCCAGGGGACACCACCACCCAGUUGGGUGGCAAUACAGAGGGGUCUGGAACUAGUAAGAGCUCUGAUAAAGGAAGAAUGGAAGGGCCCAGUGUAGACUCCGCUUUGGUUGGUGCUGAAGUAGUAACGCAAUCAGAGGGUGACAGUGCUCUGCCAUAGUUCUGUCUCGAAAAGAAGCUGAAGGAGAUCCGUGUGUAAAGAAAAAAAAAAGAAAGAAGGAACUGUAAUUUUUUUGAACAAAAUAUGUUGUAUGUGGAAGAUAAAUAGGAAGGCGUUUUAUGUACUAUUGUUGUCAGAUUUUCAGUUAACAUAAUCCGUGCUGCUUACUGCAUUUUAAUUUUAAUUAACAUAAUAAUAACAGCCAAAACAGUAGCAUAGUAGGAAAGUGAUCAGUUUUAAGUUUCUUCCCAUCUCGCAGUGCAUGCAUGUCAUGUACAGUUAAAGAUGAGAGAAUGGCAUGUCUCUGUUACAUUUGUGCAUGUUAGCAUGUUGAAACUGAGUUAUCUUGUAUAUCGUUAUUUAUCUGCUGUAUUGAAAUUUUAAUUCGUUUGGAA